UUUGUGUGAGCAUGUAUUUGUGUGUGUGAGUGUGUAUUUGUGUGCGUGUGUGUAUGUGUGUGAGUGUGUAUUUGUGUGAGUGUGUAUUUGUGUGUGUGAGUAUGUAUUUGUGUGAGUGUGUAUUUGUGUGUGAGUGUGUAUGUGUGAGUGUGUAUUUGUGUGUGAGUGUGUAUUUGUGUGAGUGUGUAUUUGUGUGUGAGUGUGUAUGUGUGAGUGUGUAUUUGUGUGUGAGUGUGUAUUUGUGUGAGUGUGUAUUUGUGUGUGAGUGUGUAUGUGUGAGUGUGUAUUUGUGUGUGAGUGUGUAUUUGUGUGAGUGUGGUGAUUGAUGUGGUUAAAGUGAGGUGUGGUUGACAGACCCCUAGAGGGAGAGACAGGAGAUCAAAAGAAAAUCAGCAAAUAGAUAAGGAAAGAUAAAAAAAAAGAAAGAAGGAGAGAUACAGAUGGACAGAGAGACAGACAAAGAGACAGGGGAAAAUGUGAUGUAAAUAAUUAUGUAAUUCAUUAAUGAAAGAGAGAGACAUUAAAUGGAACACAGGUCGUGUUUCUCUCUCUCUCUCUCUCUCAGAAAUUCUUCAGAGGCUCUGCACAGAUGACAGAUUAGGGUGGAGUGUGUAGGGUUAUGUGUGUUUGUAUGUGUGUGUGUGUUUCUCUACAUGACCACCUGGAGGAACCACAACCACCACUCUGUAGAAAAUGCUGUAAUUAAACGUCCUACAACCAACUGUGUGAUAAACGGAUCGUCAGAUUACCAGAAAUUAGAGUUAAGUUUCAGUUUCAUCAGAAACCACGAAGCUGCUGAAUAAUACGACUGUCACGACUUCACAAACUGCACCGCAGAGCUGAAGGGUUCUCUGAGAAGAUCUGAGGUAUCUGGUGCAGCUACAGGGAUUCGUUUUAAUCCGUCCAUCAGCUUUUCUCUCUCUCUCUGAGGAGACAUCAUGGCUGCACCUGGACAGAAGGUGGUGUUGAUCACGGGUUGUUCUUCAGGAAUAGGGCUGUGGAUUGCAACACUGCUUGCUAAAGAUGAACAACAGAGAUAUUAUGUGAUAGCUACGAUGAGGAACCUGCAGAAGAAAGAACGGCUGUUGGAGGCAGUGGGUGAAGCGUACGGCAAAACUCUCUCUCUCUUUACACUUGAUGUGUGCAGUGACGAGUCUGUCUCAGAGUGUAUCAGCAGCAUUAAAGACAGACACAUAGACAUUCUGAUUAAUAAUGCAGGUGUGGGUCUAGUCAGCCCGGUGGAGUGUGUGUCCAUGGAGGAGGUGAGGAGUGUGUUUGAGACAAAUGUGUUUGGAGUGAUAAGGAUGAUCAAAGCCGUCAUUCCAGACAUGAAGAAACGCAGAGCUGGACACAUCAUUGUCAUCAGCAGCACCAUGGGCCUGCAAGGUGUGGUGUUUAAUGAUGUCUACGCUGCAUCCAAGUUUGCUGUUGAGGGGUUUUGUGAAAGUCUUGCUGUGCAGCUGCUCAAGUUUAACAUCAAUGUGUCGAUGAUCGAGCCCGGUCCUGUCCACACUGAGUUUGAGCUGAAAAUGACAGAGGGCAUCUAUCAGAAAGAUUACCCUGGAUGUGACGCUGAGACACUUCACUACUUCAAGAACGUUUAUCUUCCGGCUUCAGUGGACGUCUUCCAGACACUGGGACAAUCACCCCAGCAAAUUGCCAUGAGCACUAAACAGGUGAUGGAGACCCGGCGUCCUCGUUUCCGCACCCUCACUAACCCGCUGUACACGCCGCUGGUGGCUCUGAAGAUGGCUGAUGAGAGCGGAGAUCUUUCUGUACGCGCGCUCCAUCAUCUGCUCUUCAACCUGGGAGGAGUCAUGAAGCUCAGCAUGAACACACUCAAGUGCCUCACCUGUGUGUGUGUACGGAGUAGAACUGUCCAACCUGACUAACACACACACACACACUUUCUCAUUAUGCGAGUGUAAAAUAAAUGGCAUAUCCUUCAGUUUUGGGUCAGUAUUUUGGGUUUGUGAAUAAAACACUGAAGACAGACCAGACGUCACACAACUGAUCUGAAGAAUCAGUCAAGAUAAUUAUUUAAAUUUAUUGAUUUACA